UCGAAUGUUUUUUUAUUGGUUAUAUGAAUUAAAAUGUUAGGGAAACUAAGUUUUGUUCGGAAAUCAAAUUUUAAAAGACUCUUGUCACAAACGCAGAGUCUUGUUGACAAAGCUGACCAGCGCAACAGCCUUACCCAAUCGCACAUUGUUGAGGCUACUAAGUUAGCUCCAGCCCUCUCUAUUUACACUCAGGAUACUUGGUACCGUGCCCAUCAUGUGUUCCAAAAUCAUGGACUCCAAACAUUGAAUUUUUUACGCAUUGUCACGGGCAACCCGUCCGUUUUGAGACGAUCUCCGGAAGACAUAAUUGGGAGUCUUGAAAUUUGGCGUGCCUGUCAAUUUGGGGAACGCUUACUGCACUUGCUACUAACUAAAUACCCAGAACUUCUGGAUUAUAGAAACGCUCGUGACCUGCUACCACAGACGGCUUAUUUGAGGAGUCUUGUGGGCACAAACAAAAAUGUCUGGAAAAUUCUGAUGAACAGUCCUGAUUUAUUGGCGCAAUCAGAGCACAAAAUAGAACAAAAAUUCAUAUACCUAACAGAUACAAUGCGAAUCGAGGUGCCGGAAAUCGUAAAGUCGGCGGCGUUCUCAAUGCUGUUUGAAGAAUUGUGCUGCCGGCACGCGUUCCUUGUACGUUUGGGUUUAUUCAAACCGCGAGCACCAAAAGAUAAUCCAGACGAGCCCACAACAAAUAACAGGCUUUAUCAAAUUACGGAUACUUCAGAAAAAUCAUUUGCAACUAAAAUAUGUCAUGUUACACUGACCGAGUAUGAAACCUUCAAAGAAUUGUUCGCUCGAGAAAAGGAACCCAUUCCGCUAUCAAGCAACGAUAUCGACGAAGAUUAAUUUAUCUGAAACUGGAUAAAUAUGUUUUUUUUAAGAAAGAUUUAAUAAAUUGUUGUUAGCAUUUUCAAAAAACA